CCUCGCAUGGCCGCGCACGCUGCGCGUUGAUGCGCCGCUGCCGCUCUCACCACCAUCCCUCCGUCCCCUCGAGCCACCUCCGCACCCGCAUCGCUGCUCCCGGCUCUCGCCCGCCUCGAUGCUCGACGGCGGCGGCGGCGGCGGGCACUCGCGCCUCGGCUCCGAAGCGGCGUCGGAGGAGCUGGAGCACGAGCGCGAGCUCGAGGAGCUCGAGGACAGCGUGCGCCAGAGCCGCAACACCGACGACUUUACGCGCAUCAUUGGGCAGUUCCGCCUCGAGCGGCGACGGCGCUCCGGACGCAGCCAUGCCGACGCCAGCUCGUCGCAGGUGCACCUUGGCCUGCCCAGCAGUGGCUCGGGCCACUUUGGCCAGGCCGGCGGACGACCGGCUAGCAUGUACAGCGUCGACGACUCGAGCUACGGGCCAGAGUACGCAGACGAUGCAGCUAGCAUCGUCACGACGCGCAGCGGAGGCGGUGGGCCUGGAGGCAUGCGCGUACAGGUGCGCUGCACAUGCUGCUGUGGGCGUGGCGAGGACUGCGACAGCAUGCGCCGCGCCACGCGCGAAUGGGCAGACAUGGAGAGCGACUUGCGUCUGGCCGCCGAGAUUGGACAGGCGCUGUUGCGGCGCAACGACAGUCUGACAGCCAGUCUGUCGAGCGCCAAGAUUACGCAUGAACAGCAGCGAGACGCCCUGAUGGCGCGCCUGACGGGCAGCAUCAAGGAGAGCGCACAGCUGGAGCGCGAGCUGAAGCAGUGCGGCUUGAAUCUCGAGGCGGCAGACGCAGGCAAUCGUGCCCUACUGCAUGAGCUCGACGAGCUGCGCGGCGAGGCCAGCACGCUGCGCAUCAAGGGUGCUCGCUGCGCGGCGGCCGAGGAGCGCGCCACGCGCAUGCAGCAGGACAUGGAUGACCUGCGCCAGGAGCUCUCGGCGGAGCGCAAGCGUGCCGACGGCGCCGAGGCACGCAUGCGCAAGCUGGGCGUGCGCAACGUCGAGCUGAGUGAGAGCCUGCGCGCCGCAAAGGGCGAGGCGCAGCUCGGCCUGGCCGAGAGUCAACGUGCGGCGGCGGAGCGCCAAGGCCCGACGGGCGAGGGCUGGGAAAAGGCAAAGGCCAGGCUGCAGCAGAGUCUGAGCAGUGUCAAGACGGAGGGCCUGGCCUCCUCGGGCGAGGUCAUGGCGAUCCUCGAGUCUCUCAUCGCCGACAAUGAAGUGCUCAAAACCGGCAAUGCGCAGCUCAGGACGCUGUUGGACGCCUCGAACGAAGAGGUCAGCUCGCUGCGCGAGCAAGUGCUGCUCGCUGGCGGCAGCGAGGAUCGUGCCGCCCCACCACCGUCGUCACGACAGCGCACCGAGUCUGGCGCAGCAGACUUCAGAGAGUCGUACGGGCGACCCGCGGCGGCGCAGCACGGCCGACGUGCAAGCGCUGCCAGCGGCUCAAUGAUGCUCUCGGACCUCGACAGCAUACCGCGCCCGUCGCUGGCCGACGAGGUGGUGCGGGAGACUCAGCGGCCGCAGUAUCCAGCUCGUACGGCCUCGCGUGCCUCGGCUCGCGAACUGCCAGCCAGCAGUCCGCGCGUCGAGCAUGCCUCGCUGCCUUCGCCGGCGCUCACUUCUGCGUCCUUCUCCACCACGCCGAGCACCGCCGGACGCGCCACAGACGACGCUGCUACGACGCCCGGCACCACGGUAGCAGGCGAUGAGGCCGACUCGCAUCUGCGAGCCAGCGUGCCCGCCAAGGCGCGCGAUCCGCGGACCGCGCAGCUGGUCAAUCUGCUCGACUACAUUCAGCGCGUCUUUGCACGCCUGGCCUCGGCCGACGUUGACACGCUCAGCAAGCGUCUGCAGCGACAGCAUCUGACGGGCGACGUGGGACAUCUCGCGCGCACCACGGUCAACGGCAUCAUGCGCGACGUCGACGGGCUGCGCGAGCACUUUCGCCGCCUCAUCGAGGCCGAGGCUCGCGCCGGCAUGACGGCGGCUGCUGCGCGGGAUGAUGCAGCAAGUGUGCAUUCCGGCAGCUCGGCGAACAAGCCCGGCGCUGCCGCGGCAGAGCUCGACAGUCUCAUUGCGCGCCGCGACUUCUUUGCCCUCGUCAAGCUGCUGCGCGACAUUUUCUUCGAGAUGGCGCGCCUGCGCAACGUUGUCAACGAGGUGCAUCUGCAGCCGGCCAACGCCGCAAAGAUUCUGCAGGAACAGCUGGGCGCCGCGAUUGCCGAGGAGAAGGGCGUGAGCGCGUGGGCGGGCCGCUUCUUCUCCGCCGUCGCCGGCGGCGUGGCGGGCGCACCGAGCGCCGCGGCGCCCGCUGCGACGGCGCCCUCGCAGGCAGCGCCAAGUCUGGCUCGCAUCAGUGCGCCACGUACCACGUCGGGCGCCCUGGCGCCGCGCGCAUCGGCUGCCGUCACCUCGACUGCCGUGGCCGUCGAGGUCAAGGGCUCGCAUGCCUCGGCAGGCAGCACCGGCGGCGCAGACGAACAUGCCGGCUCGCCGCCCGGCUCGAUGCUGCGUGCGGGGCCGAGACCGGCGCUCGGGCGUGCCGGCGGCUCGCUGAACCGCACGCAGAGCCGCAAUCUCUCAGGCCUCUUUGCCGGCGCCAUGGCGGACGACUGGGACGUCAUCGACCGGCGCGAGGGCUCUGCAUCCGCAGGCAGCGCCUCUGGCUUCGCUGCAGCAGCGGGUCCGUCGCGCAUGGGCCUGAUGCGCAACCAGCACCUGCAGCGCAGCGAUGGCGGCGGCGGAGGGCAUCGUCCCCUCAGCCGCAUCGUCGACGACGACGAGCUGUCGCUGCACCACGCGAACGCCUACCCGGAGCGCAAGCUGCGUCCGCGCGGCCUCAGUGACUCGUCGAUCCGCUCGACGUUCCUCGAGGAUGCGCGCAGCGGCAGCGCGUCGGCACAGGUGCGGCCGCCUCCCAUGGGUCGCCUCAUCACGCCCAGCACCCUCUCGCUGCAGGCGCCCGCCAGCACCACGGCGCGCGCCGUGCGCGUCGAAGACUUGCCCGACGCACACACGCCCGACACGCGCUCUGAAGACUCGAGCUCCACCACGGGUGCCUCCGCGGCGCCCAAGGGUCGCGCUGCAGGCGCCAUGGGCUUCCUCACCGGCGGCCUGAGUCUCGGCAUUCCCUCGCUGCGGCCCGCCACGUCCUCAGCCGCCCUCUCGCUGGCCGCUGCACGCUCGGCCGCCGGCUCCCGCUCGCCCAGCGGCUCCUCCUCCACGGGCGGCUUCGCCACCUCUCCGGCGCACUUCGGCACCAGUCCGGGCGCCACGCCCGCCGCGUCGCCGCUGCCUGCUGCCGCUGGCCGGCGCAGAGAAGCCUCGGCGACGCGCGGCGCCGACGACCUGGGCAGCAGCUUUGCGCGCCCCUCACGCGUGGGCUACUGAGCGGAGCGGCCCGAAUGCAUCAUUUUGCUUCCCUCCAUCGUUACAGCUUGGCUUUUGGCGCAGGCGCCGCGCUCUUGUCGUCGGCGGCGGCUGGG